CAACCAGCCUCCAGUGCGGACGCCAGCCCUGCUCUAAGCCUUCUGCUUCUGACAAAUCAAUGAAGAUUCUCAAUGCUGGUUACCCGCUCCCCAUCUCUCUUGAAAUGCUUCUGCGCGGUUCAACUUUCAAACCUGAGACUCAACUUAAGGAACCCAAUUUGGACUUUUAGAGAUGUGGCGGGUCACUUUUAUUUAUUUUCAAUUUUAUUGAUAGUAGGCUAUUUAUUUUUCUGCGAGAUGGACAAGGAAACGGUCUGGAGGAAGCUGUGACAAAUUGUGAACGGUUGAGGUUACCGCAAGUAAAUCCAGACAUGUUUUGGGAACACUGAUUGGAAUAGCUUCUGACCAGUCGAUACAAAAUGAUUACCUAUUAGUCAUCCCUUUUUAAAUAAGUUUAAUUCAAUUGAGACGUGGGACACUUGCACGAAUUAACAUAGUCAUCUCCCCCCUCGGUCCGUGUUUUAGAGUAAUACUUUUUUUGCUUAUAGUGGGGGUAAAAAGGGGGUUGUGCCUUAACAUUAUAAAAAGAAAAAUAACGGCUUAGCCUUAUUGUUUGUGUGUCUUGAAUGUGUUUCUUGUAAAGCUAUUAUAAUGACCAAAUCGAAGACUCUGGGAAGAGGAAGACGUUUAUAGGGGGGAAACUAGGAGAUAGGAUUCUGUGACUUUAUUUAUUGCUAUCGUUAGUUAUUUUGAACAUUUCUCUUCACCCCUGUUGAAAAUGAAACUUUUGACAUCGCUCCCCUGGCUUGCCUGCCUCGUGGCUUUCCUCCUGUCUUGUGGAUCAGAGUGUGGAAUCGUCCGGGGUAAGGCGAGAUCUAAAAGAGACUUGGUGCGCAUGAGGGAAGCCAAAGCCACCUUCCCCGGGGCGUGUGCCACGCGACUGCCCCGGGGAAAGCGUUCUCUCCCUGGAAUGGAACGGCGGUCGCCUCGCCAGUCGCAGGCUGGCUCUUCGGGUCGGCACAAAGCGGUGUAUUUUACCGGCAGAGGGGACCAGCUCCGACUCAAGCCAGGUGUUGAGAUACCUAGAGGAAAUUUUACCCUGGAAAUGUGGAUCAAACCUGAGGGAGGUCAGCGUUCACCGGCUAUAAUAGCAGGUCUGUUCGACAAGUGCUUCUACGCCUCCAGCGACCGCGGGUGGCUGCUGGGCAUCCGGGCGGCGGGCGAGCAGGGCAACCGGGACCCGCGCUUCUUCUUCUCCCUCAAGACGGACCGGGCGCACAAGGCCACCUCCGUCGCCGCCAACGCCCGCUACCCGCCGGGCCAGUGGACGCACCUGGCGGCCUCCUACAGCGGGCAGCAGAUGCGCCUGUUCGUCAACGGCGCCCAGGCGGGCGUGAGCCGCGAGCAGUCGGGCGAGGUCUUCAGCCCGCUGACGCGCAAGUGCAAGGUGCUGAUGGUGGGCGGCAACGGCCUCAGCCACAACUACCGGGGCGCGGUGGAGGGCGUGUCCCUGUGGGGCCGGGCGCGGGAGCAGCGGGAGAUCGCCCGGGCCGCCCGCGCCCGCCGUCGCCCGGGCGACCCCGACGGCCUGGUCGUCCACGAGACCUUCGAGCACCCCGCCCGCAAGUGGCUGACCAUGAAGGACGGCGUGUUCCCCCGGCCCGUGCCGGGGAACCCCGGCGGCUCCCUGGACACCUCCCUGGACCCGCCCGCCUGCGGCCAGACGGCGUGCGACAACGUGGAGGUGGCGGCCAGCUACAACCGCUUCUGGGAGUUCCGCAGGCCCAAGACGGUGCGCUACCGCGUGGUCAACGUCCACGACGACGCGCACCCCCGCCGCGCCCGCCCCACCGUCACGGCCAAGCAGAUCGAGCUGCAGCACCGCCACCUGAGCGAGGCCUUCGCCCCCUACAACGUCAGCUGGGAGCUGAGCGUGCACAACGUCUACAACGCCUCGCUGCGGCGCCGCCUGGUGCUGGCCAACUGCGACGCGGGCAAGGUGGGCGACGAGGAGUGCGACCCCGAGUGCAACCACACGCUGACGGGCUUCGACGCCGGCUACUGCCGCCGGCAGCGGGCCGACUGCCCGCCGGGGAAGGCCGGGGACGGCGUCUGCGACCCGCCGUGCAACUGGGACGGCCACGCCUACGACGGCGGGGACUGCUGCAACCCCAACGUCACCGACGUCACCAAGACCUGCUUCAACCCCGCCUCGCCGCUCAGAGCGUAUUUGGACGUGAAGGAGCUGAAAGACAUCUUGAAGCUGGACGGCUCUACGCACCUCAACGUCUUCUUCGCCAACUCCUCGGACGAAGACCUGGCGGGAGUCGCCACCUGGCCAUGGGACAAGGAGGCCCUCACGCAUUUAGGCGGGAUUGUGCUGAACCCCUCCUUCUACGGAACGUAUGGCCACACCCACACCAUGAUCCACGAGAUCGGCCACAGCCUGGGGCUGUACCACGUCUUCCGCGGGAUCUCCGAGAUCGAAUCCUGCAACGACGCCUGCCUGGAGACGGAGCCGUCCAUGGAGACAGGCGACCUGUGCGCCGACACCAACCCCACGCCCAAAUACAAGCACUGCCGGGACCCGGAGCCUGGCAACGACACCUGCGGGCACUGCCACUUCACCCAGACGCCCUUCAACAACUACAUGAGCUACACGGACGACGACUGCACCGACUCCUUCACGCUCAACCAGGUGUCCAGGAUGCACUGCUACCUGGACCUGAUCUACCAGUCCUGGCAGCCCGACAGCAAGCCGCCGCCGGUGCCUCUGGCGCCCCGUGUGGUCGAGCAGGAGAACGACGCCCUCACGCUGGAGUGGUUUCCACCAAUCACGGGACAGUUCUACGACAGAGAAGUGGGAUCUGUGUGUGAUAAAUGCACGGAGGGGCGGGUCCUCCUGCAGUACGCCUCCAACGCCUCCUCGGCCCGCCCCUGCGCCCCCUCCGGACACUGGAGCCCCCGCGAAGCCGAGGGUCCGCCGGACGUGGAGCAGGCCUGCGAGCCCAGCGUUCGCACCUGGAGCCCCAACGCGGGGGCGGAGCCCAGCAGCGUGGGGUCCCCGCCCUGCCCCCUGCAGGGCUGCAUGCUCCAGCUGGAGUUCGCCCUCCCGCUGGUGCCCGACGCCCUCACCGCCUGGGUCACCUUCUUCUCGUCCGACGAGGCGGCCCCGCCCGCCCUCCACGACGUGGUCCUGCUGACCGUCGCCGGGGGCAACGUGUCCCUGGGCCCCAGCGCCGUGUUCUGCGACACGCCCCUGACGCUCCGGCUGGACGUGCAGGAGGAGGUGUACGGCGUGCGCUUCUACACCGCCGAGCAGCACCUGGAGAUCGACGCCGCCAUGCUGACGUCCCAGCCCGACUGCCCGCUCUGCCGGGGCUGCGAGCCCCUCCGCUACCGCCUCCUCCGCCGCCCGCCCUUCUCCCACGCCCCCGAGGGCCACGCCCUGCCCGCCUCCAGCCGCAGAUACGUGGACAGGGACGUGGUGCCCGGCGUGGAGUACACCUACCAGGUGGUGACCGUCUCCAGGACGGCCGAGAGCGAACCCUCGCCGGCGCUGACCCACCAGCUGGGGGCGCACUACUGCGGGGACGGCCGGAUCCAAAGCGUUUCAGGGGAGGAGUGCGACGACAUGAACGCGAUGAACGGGGACGGCUGCUCCAGCCGCUGCCAGAAGGAGCCGCUCUUCAACUGCGUCGGGGAGCCCAGCCUGUGCUACUUCUACGACGGGGACGGCGUGUGCGAGGACUUUGAGCGGGAGACCAGCGUGCGGGACUGCGGCCUCUACACCCCCAGCGGCUUCCUGGACCAGUGGGCCACGGCGGUGGAGGCAUCCCACGAGGAGCGGCUGUACUGCCCCGCCGAGGUCGCCGUGGGUUACCCGGCGGUGACCAAGACCUGCCAGUCCAGGGUUUUCGACCUGUCAGACGGGAUAUCCCAGUACGCUUGGUUCCCCUGCCGUGAGGCGGAAUUGCCCUCCUGGUACCACCAGUACUGGCUGAAGGCGUACUUCUCUCACCCCAUGGUGGCGGCGGCGGUCAUCAUUCACCUGGCGGCCGACGGGACGGGCUACAUCGACCAGACGCAGUGCAACAUCACCGUCCAGCUGGUGGACACCAAGGAGCAGAUACACAGCUUGGGGGAUUGGCGGCUGAGCUGCAGGAAUAACCCGCUGGUGGUCCCGGUGACCCACGACCUGAGCGCCGCCUUCUACCACACCAAGGCCAUCCUGGUCCUGUUCCGGUCCAACCUGGUGGCCAUCUCCGGCGUGGGCCUGCGCUCCUUCCUCUACUUCGACCCCAUCACCAUCAGCGGUUGCCAGAGCAACGAGAUCUACAACCCCAUGGGUCAAAGCUGCGUCCAUUACUCCUGCGAGGCUGUGGACUGCCCGGAGCCCACGGUUCGGAACGCGGAGGUCCAGUGCAGCGGACCGGGGUACCUGAACGGGGCCCGCUGCACCAUCACGUGUAACCGCGGAUACGUGCUGCAGAUCCACCGGGACGAUGACAUCAUCAAAACGCAGUCCGUCUCCACGGUGACCAUCACCUGCGCCGACGGGAAGUGGAACAAGCAGGCGUCGUGCGAGCCGGUGGACUGCGGCAUCCCGGACAAGUACCACGUGCACCCCGCCCUCUUCCACUUCUCCGAGGGGACCACCUACGGCAGGAGCUGCACCUUCCAGUGCAGGGAGCCCGCGCAGCUCGUAGGCUCUAACAGCACCCUGAUCUGCAUGGAGGACGGUCUCUGGUCUUUCCCCGAGGCUCUGUGCGAGCUUCGCUGCCCGCCGCCGCCGCCGGUGGCCGACGCCGUCCUCCAGACCAAGCGCUGCAACGGCACGGGCCUGAAGGUGGGCACGCUGUGCAAGUACAAGUGCCAGCCCGGAUACCACGUCGCCGGAAAGCCCAAGAGACGGGCGUUUAAGAGGCAGUGCACGGAGGACGGGACGUGGCUGGAGGGGUCCUGCCAGCCGGUGACCUGCGACCCCCCUCCGCCCAUCUUCCACGGCGUGUACCACUGCACCAACGGCUUCCGCUUCGACAGCACGUGCUGGAUCGACUGUGAGGAGGCGGAGCGAUCGGGCCAAUCGCAAGCUCCGUGCAGACAGAGCGCCAAUGUGAUCCGGUGCAAGAAGGACGGGACGUGGACGGGCUCCUUCCAGCUCUGCCCCCAGGCGAAGGGACAGUGCUCCCUGCCCCGAAACCUGAACCCCAGAGUACGGCUCAGCUGCAAGAAAGGCUACGGAAUAGGUGAGGAGUGUGAACUGACCUGUAAGGAGAGGACCAACAACGUGGUCAUUCUGCCCGGCAACAUGACGACCGAGCUCUUAAAGAAACAGCACUGGGUGAACCCAGAGAAAGUCAAGAGCAUCGUCUGUACUAUGGGACUGAAGUGGUACCCGCCCCCUGAAGACCUCCACUGCAUCAAAGGCUGUGAGCCUUUCAUGGGUGACAAUUACUGCGAUUCCGUGAACAACCGGGCCUUCUGUGACUACGAUGGAGGUGACUGCUGCCAAUCUACUGUCAAGACCAAGAAGGUGGUGCCGUUUCCGAUGUCAUGUGACAUCAGAAAAGAGUGCGCCUGCCUGGACCCCAAGGCCCAGGAGAACAGCAAAGGCAACCAACCUCAUUCGCUGGGCUGAGCCCCGCCCCCCUUCUGACCCCGCCCCCAUUGCGCUGAGCCCCACCCACCUGCUCCCCCCCCCCCCCCCUUUCAUGAAGGAGAAGAGUGGAGGAGUAACACGUUUCCUCUCAAACAUGCUGCUUACGGUCUGACCUCUGCACUCAUGCCCAGAUACACACACCCCCCCCCUACCACCCCCCCCUCAGUGAGACAAGCCAGAACCAGAAAAGACUGGUGUGGGAGUGAAGGACGGUACAAGCGAAGGGGUUUUUUUUUUUUAGACAAAAAAACAUGAGAACGGAAGAACACCGGACAGUCGGGCAAAUAAGAAGGAGAAGGAGAAAGAGAAAGAGCGAGUGGAAAGGCAGCUCUUCUUUUAAAUGGCUGCCCCAGACAGAGGAUCCUGAGUUGCAUGUCUUUCUCUCGUUUGGUGACGGCUCUGCGGUUCCGUUUCAUUGUCCGAGCUGCAUGACCUCUUUGUUUUUCUUAAGGUCUGUGGAAAACAUCAAAAAGAAAGUCCAGAGGUUUUGACCAAAUGAAGAAGGCAUGUUUUUUUUCUUCCCUCCGAGUAUGUUGCUUUAGUAAAUAAAAUAGGGGGUUACCACGGAGCUGGGGCAGCUCCCUCCCCUGCUCUUGUGUCUCUGACCUCUGAACUUUGACCUCAAGCCCCCGAUGACUGCAAAAAAAGGUUUGCUUCUCGUGCCCUUUGACCUUUCGCGGUGGGAACGGAACGCCUUUCAUUCUACAGACGAGAGAGAGAGAGAGAGACUGUUGCCGUGGACACGUGAUAGGUCGGUAAUACGAUGGGGAGCUAUGUGGGCGUUCGGGUCACUAGACGCAAAAUACGGAGGAAAAAGUUGGAGGGAAAAAAGGUUGAAAAUAGAAAACGAGGUGAGAAAAGGGGGCUGUUUCCAAAUGUUUGAGGAGGAUGACAGGUGGUGUUAGCGUAGCCGUUGCUGCUAAUGCUAGUGCUACUGGUUGCCUCCAUGUUACCUGUCACACAACCAACCUUCUGACCCCACCGACUGUACACUGAACGGCCAGACAAAGCCAAUCUACAAUACACCUGCACAUCUACAAUACACCUGCACAUCUACAAUACACCUACACAUCUACAAUACACCUGCACAUCUACAAUACACCUACACAUCUACAAUACACCUGUACAUCUACAAUACACCUGCACAUCUACAAUACACCUACACAUCUACAAUACACCCAUCUACAAUACACCUACACAUCUACAAUACACCUGCACAUGUACAAUACACCUGCACAUCUACUAUACACCUGUACAUCUACUAUACACCUGCAUAUCUACAAUACACCUGCACAUAACCUGCACAUCUACAAUACACCUGCACAUCUACAAUACACCUGCACAUCUACUAUACACCUACACAUCUACAGUACACCUGCACAUCUACUAUACACCUGCACAUCUACAAUACACCUGCACAUCUACUAUACACCUACACCUCUACAAUACACCUGCACAUCUACUAUACACCUGCAUAUCUACAAUACACCUGCACAUCUACUAUACACCUACACAUCUACAAUGCACCUGCACAUCUACUAUACACCUGCAUAUCUACAAUACACCUGCACAUCUACUAUACACCUACACAUCUACAAUACACCUGCACAUCUACUAUACACCUGCAGAUCUACUAUACACCUACACAUCUACGAUACACCUGCACAUCUACUAUACACCUGCACAUCUACGAUACACCUACACAUCUACAAUACACCUACACCUGCCCAUCUACGAUACACCUGCACGUGUACAGUGCAUCUUGUCUGUGCAGCAGGUAGCUGGCUAACCUGGGUAAAGUCUUUCUUGUGCUUGAUUAACAAGUAUGUUGAUUAUCUGAUGAAUCCAUGCACAUUUUUUUUAGUUUAGUAAAAACAAGUAAAACUUAAAGGUAGAUUUUCCCAAAGUGCAAUAAAGAUUAUCAAAAAAAAGCAAAUGUGUGCAUUUUCUUGUAACUUUAGAAUAUGCACAGAUUGACUGUUCUUCAUGACUUCGACAAGCCUUGGUUUUUUAGGCACCGAACAUAAAGAACAAAUGCAGUUAUACAAAUUAAUUAUAUGCUAAGUAAACAAACUGUCACAUGAUUAUUUCAAACAAUCUGGGCAAUUGCUGCAGAAUUCUAAGAUGUGGCCUGAUGUAGACGUAGGUGUUUUUACCACAAAGCCAAGUAGAGGAAGGCAAACGGUGAGGAUCGGUAUGGAUUUAGAAGAUAAUUAACUGCCUUUUUCCAGUCAAGAAAAACGAAUGUAAAGAGAAGGAGAGCAAAAAUGUAUUAAAGUAGGAGCUGCCACUGAUCUGUGCAGAAAUAUCACAUAAGGGGGGGGGGGGGCACAGUUUUGACUUGUAUGCAAGCAUACAUACAGGCACACACACACACACACACGUACUUAUAUGCGUACAUGCAUGCAUAUAAAUAUAUACAUGCAGAUACAUAUACACGCCUGUGUAAAUGCACAGGUACCUUUUGAAGUCCUCUGUUCUCGUCAGUAUUAUUUUGUGGGGUUAUUAUCGCUGUUGUUGCUGUUAUUGAUGUGUCGGGUGCCCAGUUCCUUUGCCUUAGGCGGAUGUAAGCAGCCUCGUGCGUUCUUCGUGGAGCACAGUGGGACCUUGAGAAUGUACUUCAGGACACGGAUGUAAUCUCUUGAAUGUAGACGGCAUGUAACAUAAAUUUGUCUCGCACCUCGUGACGCGUUUGGAAAAGACAGUGAUUCUGUCGCUUCAGUGGUUCGCUCUGUAACUCGUUAACAGCUUUCCAGCCAAAUUCUGCCUUUUACACUUUGUCACACACACACACACACACACACGUAUGCACACACGCACACAUGCACAUUUCUGUUGCUCUGUGAAGGAUUUGGGGCUUGUGAUUUUCCCACAAUGCAUCUUGCUAUUCUUGAUGUUUGCUGGUGUGUUCUCGGCCCAGUGUGCAGUGAAUGAAGUCCUUUCAAAGGGGUCCUUUUUUUUUUGGCCUUCUACUAGUGUCGUUACUGGUGUCACCUGCAGUACCUACAGCUUGGCCAGGUUGCAUUCUGGAUAGUGAAGCCUCCAUUAGAUUAGUGUUUGUCCUUUACUUCAAGUUAUUUGGAUGGUCACCGAAGAGAGCCAGGUCCUGAAAAAGAAAAUGUGUUUUUCUAACGUGUGUUGCUCAGAUGGAAUGACAGACCACACUAGGGUUACGUCGCGUUGACUCAUGAGAGUCAGGCCAAAAAAAGGUGAAUCCAAAAAAUAAAAUAAAAAAAUAAACAGGUGGGUCUCCAAGCCUGGUCACGAAGAGGCACAUAAUUUGUCAGUUAAAGAGGUUGAUUUAGCUAUCAACUUCCCUCGCCUGGUUUUUUGAGUCUGAACUGGUUUUCUGAUUAUAAAGAGAAAAUGAGAUAGGUUGUUCUUCGGAGGUAAAGAAAAAAGUAAUAAUAGGUGAGUUUUUUUUUGCGCUAAUUUUCUGUACAUAAGACGUGUGUUUGUACCCACUGAUGCCUAGUGUUUUUUUCCUUGGGUUUGGAAGGUUAAUAAGGUUACUGAACCACGUAAAUGUUUUUUGGUUUUUUUGUUUAUUGUUCUGGGUUUCAUUUUUACAUGAAUUGUACUCAUAACUCAUAUUUCAUCAGUAUUUGUAUCAGCUCUGGACCUCGGCUACUGCACUUUUUAAAAUCAUUUAAGAAAUAAGAAAAAAAAAAGAAAAAACAAAUUAUACUUUUAGAAACGCUGCUAUGGUCAAACAGGUAAUUUGUUCGUGUAUUAUUAUUAUUAUUAUUAUAGGUUAUCUGAUUACUAUGUGUACUAUAUGUAUAACAAUUCUCAAUAUUAUAUCAAUAUUACUUUUAUUUCCGUUGGCUUAAAAUUGAAUUUAUUCAAUACAGAAGACGUAAGUUAAUAAGAAAUAUGACUUACGUGUGCACUCACUCUCCGAUUCAUUCACAAAUCUUAUGCCUUACGCUUGUAAGAUUCUGCACUGGAAUCAGAAUAACCACCAAACUUAAAGAUUAAAUAGGAUUAGGAAGAUCCGCACUGAGAAUACAAUGAUUUGGCAUCUUGGCGCAGACUUGUCUUUCAACGGUUUAAAUAUUCCUGAAACCUGAAUAUUUUCUGGUUUUCCACCAGAUUCAACAUUCCAUGUAAUUAGUAGCUGUGUAGCUAGCUGAGGGGUAACUUUGGCCUUCUAUGAUUCCAGUUGCUAAGUAGAGGAGACCAAAGUUUCAUUUCCUGAAUCACCAGUAGGACUCUUCCAGAGACAAAGCAGGUACAAAACUAGGGAAAGAGAGAAGGAACAAACAACUCAGACAAGAUAAGGGGGGGAGGGGGGUAGGGGUUGUAUUUGCAAGCUGACUGAGACGCCUCAGAAAAAAGCAACUAAAAUCAAAUGAAGAAACUUUUUUUUUUUUUAAUUUUUUUUUUUAACAAAUCCUCAGACAAAAUAUAGCAAGCAAACGCAACUCUCGGAACAGGCCAUAGCUUUAACAAAGAAAUGUAGAUACAAAUGUAUUUGUUUUUGUUCAGUAUAUUUCCCUAGUUUUAUCUAAUGUAUUAUAUUGGUAUUGGCAUAUUAUAUGUAUUUAUUUGCUGCUUUCUAAUGAGGUGCUGCAUUGCUGGUGAUGGCGUAUGCGUAUCUUUUGUUCUGUAUUCAGUGUCUUUGGAGAUUUACAUUCUGUGUUUUGUCUGCAAAUCAACAAUCCAAAACUGCGAUUUUCCCCCUCUUUCCCUUCUGUCAUUUUUACUUGUUCAGUCAAGAUGCAGUUCAUUGCUUUUUUUUUCUCUAAAUAUCUUAUUCUCCCCCCCCAUAUUCCCUUCAAAACCAUGAAAGAUAUUUAAAAUCGGAUGAUGUCUGAAAGAAAAAAAGAAAAAAAAAAGAGCGGAAAAUAUGUUAACCAUCUACUGUAAACACGGCUAAAUUGCUUUUGUUUUUGUUUUGUUUUGUUUGUUUUCUGUACCUCGUGCCUGUAAUGUUUGCUGCUUCUAUAUUUACCGAUUUUAGGUGUUUAAAUCUCCAAUAUAUAGUGCUGUAAAUAGUAGAAUUAUUUAUUGAGAUUGUCAUACAUUUUUUAAAUUAUUUACUUUGUUCAUCUAAAUUAUUUUUUACUUUGCAGUUUCUUUCAUAAACUUCAGUGCAAAUGGAAUCUGAACUGCCCUUUACUGGGGCCCAUUUUGUUUCUUUUCAUUGUCCUGUCAUAAAAUACUGGCCUUAACUGCAUGAAAAACAAAACCUAACGGUAAGAAGUCGUUAAUAUUCGAGUAUUUGUUCACUGAACUGUCCUCUAAAAUUUUAUAGCUUUUGCUCCUCUUAUGAUGCAAAUUGAAUGUUGUACUAAAUUUUGUCUAUUAUUGAUUUGAGUGCAAAAGCCUGUGUCUGUAUGAAUAUGAAUAUAGACUUCUGUGUCAUUCCUUUUCUCCUCCUCUUCUGUAUUUCUUCCCUGCAAUAUAUACAUGUAUCUGAAGCUCA